AGUCUUCCAUGCAGUCAUUGUUGAGAUUUACAUCUCUCGUCUACCGCCCACCAUCCACCGUCCAGUCUACGGUCUCGGCUCUAACCGAAUCCGUGACUUCUGUAAGCCCAAAAGGCGUGGGUGAAGUCGUUUCCUAUCUUCUUUUUCACCUGGUCAUCUCAUUCUGAUUUCCCCAGCGAUCAGCUAUUAAUGCUGCUGACCCGCAAGGCAAAAGUAAGAUCCUUCAAAUCUUUUCAAUUGUUUCCUCAAAGAGUUCUGUCAAAAGCCUGGAGUUGUUCCCCUUUGGUCAAGAUGAAUGAAGACGAGUUUCGAAAGGCUGCUCAUGCGGCGAUCGAGGACAUCAUCCAAUACAACAAAAACAUCACAGACUUCCCAGUCCUACCCACCAUCAAGCCAGGUUAUCUAGCACCGCAGCUCCCCAAGUCUGCACCUGAACAUCCGCAGACAUGGUCAGAGAUUCAGCCCGACAUUGCCUCCAAGAUUGUUCCCGGCGUCACUCAUUGGCAGUCUCCCAACUUCAUGGCCUUCUUCCCCGCUAGUGUCACAUAUCCUUCCAUGCUGGGUGAACUCUAUUCAGCCGCUUUCACUGCUCCGGCCUUCAACUGGCUCUGCUCACCUGCCUGUACUGAGCUUGAGACCGUUGUGAUGGACUGGCUCGCACAGGCUUUUGCCCUUCCAAAGGAAUUCUAUUCCACCAGCCCAAAUGGUGGUGGUGGAACCAUCCAGGGCUCUGCUUCCGAGGCCAUUGUCACAUGCAUGGUUGCUGCUCGUGAGAGAUAUCUUCAUGCUAAGUGCGAUGAGGAGGGGUUUGCUCCCGAAAGCAAAGAGAGGGAGGACCGGAUAUCGUCUCUGCGUGCCAAACUUGUAGCCCUUGCAUCUGACCAGACUCAUUCAAGCACUCAAAAAGGCUCCAUGAUCGCCGGUACCCGUUUCCGCUCCAUCCCCACCAAAUUCUCCAACGAGCUUUCCCUCCAGCCAGAGGAGCUCGAAGCUGCGCUCGAGCAGGUCAAAGCUGAUGGCUUGGAACCAUACUACAUCACUCUCACCCUCGGGACCACCUCAACCUGUGCCGUCGAUGACUUGGAAGCCCUGGCGCCAGUCUUCAAAAAAUAUCCCAAUCUCUGGGUUCAUGUGGACGCCGCAUAUGCAGGCGCCUCCCUCGUCUGCCCCGAGUUUUCCGACAAGUAUUCGGCCUCGAUGAUCCACGUGGACAGCUUUGACAUGAAUAUGCACAAGUGGCUUUUGGUCAACUUUGACGCCAGCUGUCUGUUUGUCCAGAACCGAAACCAUUUGACUCGUGCACUGAGCAUUUCGGCCGCAUACUAUGUCAAUAAACACAGUGACAGUGGUCUCGUCACCGACUACCGCGACUGGCAGAUCCCCUUGGGCAGAAGAUUCCGCGCUUUGAAGAUCUGGUUCGUCCUGCGAAGCUUUGGCCUGGAGGGUCUUCGAAAGCAUAUCCGUAACAGUGUAGCCAUUGGUGAGGUCUUUGCAGAAUUGGUCCGGCAGAGAAGCGACCUAUUUGAGCUGGUCGUCACUCCUCGUUUCGCCUUGACAUGUUUCCGAGUCAAACCCGACAUUAUCUCUACGACGAGUACGAGUGAGACAGGACAAGACUUUGUGUCUUCGGCUGCAGCUCAGCAACAGAAAGACCAAGAGGCCAAUGCCGUCACCUUAAGAAUCGGUGAUCUAAUCAACGAGCGGGGACAGGUAUUCUUGACCUGCAGUUCCACCUCGGGCAAGAGCUUCAUCCGUGUGGUCAGUGGCAAUGCCAAAGCAGAGGAAAAGUACGUCAGGAGUGCUUUUGACAUCAUCGUCAAGACAACAGAAGAGGUCCUUGGUGAAAGACGCCUUGGUGGUAAGACGGUGGCGAAUGGACACGCCAAAUAGACGACAGGACGAGAUCUCCGAACCAGUAGCCGACAUAGCUUCCGAAAUGGAGAACUCUUAUGGGAAUCAUGAUGAUAGACUUGUACAGCUACAAAAAGAUGAACAUUGAGGCCGGACCUUGGUCUUAGGCAUGUAUGAUAGGAAUGACUUAGAAAAGAUGGUGAAUCAGCUAGAGUAUCGGUAUAUUCCGUAGUCGACCAGACCAAUAGUAAUCGAGG